CACGUGUCCUAAAAUGCGCGGCAGCAGCCUCGCGCAGUUCGGCUGCGUACAAGAAUCAUUAUUUUUAGCGCCCUAGCUCGUGUUGCAGUGUCGGGGUCGCGAGCUUUUCUCUCCACCUCCGUGCCACACUUUGAGCAGGACCUGCGAUUGAGCACCAGAGAGCCAGAGCUGGAGUUGCGGGGCGUUUGACGGUAGAAAGCGAGGAGGAGGAUAACGGGCUGACAGAGCGGGGAGGGGAGCACCACCAACACAUCUUAUCACAUAUCACGUAUCACCGUCCGGUACACACUCACUCACUCUGUGGUCCUCGGUAAACGGCCUGCCCGGAGAUGGCUAGCCCCACAGCAGGUCGAGAUAACCCGGAGGCUUCGCCGCGGGACGAGCCGGAGCUGUCAGGGUCGCACCAUCCCGAACCAGCCUGUCUGGAGGCGCAGAAAUGGAUAGAGGCUGUAACAGGGAAGAGCUUUGGAGACAAGGACUUCCGCAGCGGACUGGAGAACGGCAUCCUGUUAUGCGAGCUGCUGAGUGCAAUCAAACCAGGGCUGGUCAAGAAGAUCAACAGACUGCCCACCCCCAUCGCUGGGCUGGACAACCUGUCAGUCUUCCUGCGGGGCUGUGAGGAGUUGGGCCUGAAGGGCUCCCAGCUGUUUGACCCCGGGGACUUGCAGGACACUUCCAUACGGGCCAACCUCAAGGACUCUGACUGCAACCGCAAGCUAAAAAAUGUGCUGAACACAGUGUUCUGGCUUGGGAAGGCUGCCAGCGGCUGCGCCUCCUACAGCGGCCCUACUCUCAACCUCAAGGAGUUUGAAGGGCUUCUAGCUCAAAUGAAGGUGGAGAGCGAGGAAGGAGGCGACAGUUCACAGAAGCGCAGUGUGAGAGACAGCGGCUACGACUGCUGGGACUCUGAGAGGAGCGACUCUCUCUCUCCACCAAGACACACUCGAGACAACUCCCUAGACAGUCUGGACUCCUUCGGCUCCCGCUCACAGCACAGCCCUUCUCCUGAUGUGGUGAAUCGAGGCAACAGUGACGGGCGAGGCAGCGACUCAGAGGCCGAUGCCCCCAACAGAAGGCCAGAUGUGCGAAAGGAUGACAUGUUGGCCAGACGGACGGCCAGCAGUGAAUCAAGAUGCUCCAUUCCCUUUAACCAGUUUCUUCCCAACCGAACCAACGCCAGCUCCUACAUCCCAACUCCACGCCGAAAACCACACACAGAGGAAGGAGAGCAGCGGAGUCACCCCCAAGCCACUCCAGAGCAGCCUAAAAAAACUGGACCACACCACAAAACUCCUAAGACUGUCACUUGGGCACUUGAGAACAAUGGGGAAAAAGUAAAACAGGAAGAGGAAAAGGUGACCCGGGAAUCGGUGGAGCAGAGGAGGCUGCAGAUGUUGGAGAAGGCAGGAAUUAAAGUGCUGCCUGCUGCCGUUCGCUACAGCAGCCCUCCCACAAUGGAGCACCGGGAAGUGAGGUCACCGUCCCCAAACAUCAUCCUUCGCUGCGAAAAUGACUUUUUGAGCUCUAACAAAUCUGCAUUGGACUCCUCUGACGCAGAAGAGGAGGCAGAGGUGAGGAAAGUCCCCGAUGUUCAGAGAGACGACCUGGCAUCCAGACGAGCUCUUCGCGGCCCCGUCGCUCCCAAAGUGCAUCAGUUUGUCCCUCCACCUGUAUGUAGUGACAAAGACCGAGAGCGAUGGGAAGGCAUUAGACGAGCCUCGCAGCAAACGCUGCAGGAGAAGGAGAUCAGGCAGGUAGAUGGAGCUGACCUCAAUCAACCCACCCCUCCUUCUGCUGACCUCCCGCCCUGCACCCCUGAAACCCCUCCUUCUGCUGCUGAGCUGGAUGCACGUCUGGCUCAGUAUGAACAGAGAGCAGAGGAGGAGGAUGAGGAGGAAGAGGAAAGAAUCCCAGAUCUUCGGAAAGACGACAUGAUGGCGAGGAGGACGGGAGUUUUCCAUAAACAAAGCGCCUCUACAGUGACUUACAACCGUUUCCUGCCUCUGCCCAGCACUAAGCGCGGCACACAAGGGGACGUCACCACUGAUGCUGCUCCGCGGAACAAAAGGAAAGUGCAGGCAGACAGGGGCAAGAAACUCAACGUCAGGAGUUUCUCUCAUAGAAUUGAGCAGCAGCCACCCAGAGUUCCCAUGGAAACACCUCAACCGCAUCCUGACACGAUUGUCAUCCGAGCAACGUCUCACAGCGAACGAGAGUAUGAUGAUGAUGACGAGUAUGAUGAAAAUGAGCCUCUGCCUGACUUGGAGAAGGAUGAUAUGAUGGCACGAAGGACCAGAUCAUUCCAAAAACAGAGUGCAGCCAGAACAAACCAGUCCCUCAACCAGUUCCUCCCAGUGCCUGGAUCAGUUAAAUAUAACAUCGCCCCAGUGUCUGCAAUGAAGCCACUACACAGCAGACCUAAACUCACAGAGAAGAUGGCUUGUGAGAGCAGCAGUGUUACCGUGGCAGCAGAACCUCAAGCCCUGCCCUCCAAAGCCCCGAUCCUCUGUAAGCAUGCAGGGCUGAGGGAGAUACAGGACGAGGAUGGAAAGCAAGACAUGACAAUCCCUAACACCUCUGUCACAAAUGUGACUGAGCCCCCCUCCUCUCCAUUGCGCACCCCUCCGUCCAGUCCUGCUCAUGCUCAGACUUUUAAAGUGAAGGCAGAGCUUGAAAAGCAGAGUGUCGAGGAAAGAGCUGAGGAAAAGGUGGAUGAGAAAAAGAAGGACGUGAACGAGCAACCACGAAAGAAACCGUUCUGGCUGGAUGACGAUAAUCUACCUCCCAUCAUGAUGAGCCGGAGAGUUGCUUUUAUGUCUGAGGACACUGAGAGCGUGAGUAUGAGUGACAUGCUUAACGAGGACGAGGUGGGACACUUGCCACCACUGAGCCAAUCGCGAUAUGAGCGCAUGCACGAACAGUACAACAACUUUCAGGAAGAUGACGACCACUGGCAAAAUGACUUGGCUCGCUGGAAGAAUCGCCGCCGCAGCGCAUCACAGGAACUGAUCAGGAAAGAGGAAGAGAGAAAGAGGAUGGAGAAAAGGAUGAAGGAGGAGAGAAGUGAAAGCAAUAAGAGGAAAAGCAUUAAGACCUACAAAGAGAUCGUGGAGGAGAAGGAGCGCAGAGAGGCAGAGUUGUGUGAAGCCUACAGGAAUGCAGCGACUCCAGAGGAGGCCGCCAUGGUUUUACAACGAUACGCUCUUCGCUUCACCAUUAGUGACGCAACACUGGACAGCCUGAAACUGCCCAGAUCCACUUCAAAACCCAAACACGACCUUAUUAAGGUGGACAAGGAGCACAAAACAACACCACCUAUCAAUGAAACAUCAGAGCCUCUGUACAAACCAGAGCCACCUGUUACACAAGACCAGACGCCCACAGACCCUGAAGAGAUGGAAACAGAUCCAACUGCUCAACAAGAGACAUCAGCUUCUGUCUCUCCCAGCUCCCCGACACUUGGCAGCCCACUCAGCCCAAUCACAAACUCAGAAAGCGUGCCACCUCAGUCACUAGAACUGAAUGAGCCUCAGUCCAAACCAAACGAGUCUCCAACUACACAUCAAGAACAGCCGAUCACAGGAGGUGCAGAGCCUCAGACCAAACACACUCCGCCUCAGACUGCACAAGUGCAACCUCAAACCUCACAGCCUGUACACACACUCCCCUCCCCUCCAUCUGUAUCCCCCAGACCCGUCCACCUGCUGGCAGCCAAGCCCUACUGCCAGCCCAGGAACACACAGCCUGGACACAAACCUGUCAAGAUGGACGGGUUGGUGCGAGUGAAUGGAGAUGUGAUGGAGGAUUUAUCUUCUUCCACUCCACCUAUCUCUGCACAGCAAUCACCACUGGAGGUCAAAGAUGUUCCCUCAGAGCAGACUGAGAAAGCUGUUCCCUCUAAACAUACAGAAACAAGCGUUCCCCCCAAACCAACAGAGAAAGACGUUCCCUGCACACUGACAGAGAAACACGUUCCCUCCAAAGAGAUAGAGAAAGACGUUCCCUCCAAUCAGACGGAGAAAGAUGUUCCCUCUGAGCAGAGUACGACCAAUCAGGAGACGGUGCAGCAGACGCCUCCUCCACAGAUGCCGCCUCCACAGACAGAAAAACCAACUUCGUCUUUAGGCUCGGCCAUCAGCUCCCUGAUUGGAGGCCGAAACUGUACCAUCACGACAACUAUUGUGACAGAGCUCACACAUGUGGAGCCACAUCAUCCGGAUAUCCACAGCAAUGGACAGGUCAACGGUACUUCUGGGUUAUCUGGGAGUCCAGUGGAGGAGAACAAGGUGCAGCCGGCUACAUCACAAAACAGCAUGCACGAAUAUUCUCCCACUGUCACAGAGGGGCUUGAGGAGAGCAGUGUGACUAUUGAGACCCCCAUGUUGAACUUGGCUAAACGUGUUAAUCACUGGGUCUGGGACCCCAAUGAGGAGCGUAAACGCCUGGAAAGUUGGCAACAGGAGCAGGAGCGCCUCCUACAGGAGCAAUACCAGAGAGAGCAGGAGAAGCUGAAGAAGGAGUGGGAGAAAGCCCAGCUUGAGGUGGAGGAGGAGGAGAGGAAGCACAAUGAAGAGGAGAGAAAGAUCUUGGAGGAGACUGUGACACCCUUAAAUCCCACCUGCUCAUUAAACCAGCAGUCGGGACAGACGGGGACGACUCCAUCAACUCCAGAAAACAACAAGACAGAAAUAAGAAAUGUUCCUGCUCAGCAAAACGGCCAAAGACCCUCCCCUGGGAGUGAGGAUCAGCACGCAUCCAAGCUGCAUUUUUUCCAGGGUGAGAUGCAUGCAGAAAUACACGCUGAUGCAGGAGAUUCUGCAGGUGACGGUGAACCUUCAAAGAAACAGGAACUGUGGAAGACGGCCUCUCUGGACCGCAACCCUCAGCUGAACCAGCCACAUAUUGUUAAACGGUCUGAAUCACAUGACGCCGUGACAAGCAAACAGCAGAUCUCCCCUUCAUCACCUCAGCCUCCCUCACCCAGCAGGUGUGUUAGUGGGAAGAGACUGUGUACUGGUUGUUCUCAGCCUCUGGGAAAAGGAGCUGCUAUGAUCAUCGAUACACUGGGACUCUUUUUCCACAUACAGUGUUUUAAGUGUGGAGUGUGUGAAGGGCAGCUGGGUGACGCCACUACAGGGACUGACGUACGGAUUCGUAACGGACUGCUGAGCUGUCAUGAGUGCUAUAUUGCAUCUCGGGGCAGAGGUCAGCCCACCACACUAUGAUGACCUACAUUUGAACUGGAAGCCCCCACUGUCCUCAUCAGUGAUUGGACGUAGCAGAAUUCUUGAACUUUGACUCACAUCCUGGAAAUUCUGGAAUGCUCUUGAAAACUCUUGGAAUCAUCAUCUUUCUCCUGAAUUGCACAAACAGCUUUAUGGAUGUUACUGAGAGCAAAAACUGGACUGACAUGCAGACUGAGUGACACAACAUCACAUGCACAUACAGAACAGUGUGUGUGCUUAUUAACUGUACACAUGUAUACACUUUAACAUUUUAAUACGUGUAGCAUGGAUGUAAUCAAACAAAUCAACGUGUUUAGACCUUUGCACAUCCAUAUUUAGCACAGUUAGACACUAAAAUAAGGAUCUGAUAACAUGUUAACGCUGAACGCUGAACCACCGCACAUCAGUCUCAAAGUCUUGACUCAUUAACCCCUGCUUCUGCACUGAUCAUGUGACAGGUCUGGGUUGGAUAACCGGAAGUAGCUUGACCAUUACAAUGCCUUACUCAUCAUCAUCAUACUUUCUCAUCCUUUUUUGGGUUUUGUGUUUACAGUUUUGCAUGAAAGAAGAACAUAUAUAAGUUAUUGUGAGUAUUGCUCAGAUGACGUAGUGUGAGUUUGACGUACGUUGUUAUCGUCUCGACAGCUGAACUUUAACUUUCCUCUUGUAUGUUGUACAUCAUCAUGAUAUUUUCCGUUUUUUUUUUUUUUUUUUGGGCAUCUCGCUAACUUACACAAGCUUUUUUUUUUUCUUUAUAAUUAAUUUUACAGGAAUGAGAAUGCAUGUUAUUAAUUAUAUACUUGUUCUUUGGAUUUUUAAAUAUUUUCCCUUUAAGAUGUUUUAGCCAUUGUUUUAUUCUCAUAGACUGACUGCAUCCGAAUCAGUGCCUUAUGUAAUGAAUGCGAGAGGGCUAGUGUAUGUGCAGGAGUUGUUCACACCCACACGGACCUCUGGGUCUUGGCACAUGUGUGUGUAUGUGUGUGUGUGUGUGUGUGUGUGUGUGUGUGUGUGUGUGUGUGUGUGUGUGUGUGUGCGUGAGUGUAUGAGGUCAUGCAUGUACAGGUGUGACUGCAAUGUGUGAUCUGACUUGAAGCACAGUUCCAUACCAGCAAAAAACAUUUCAAAUGGAUCUUCUAAUCACCUGCUCUUUUCUUCCACCCCCUCUUCCAUGAGCUAAACCAAUGACACAAAGUGAUUUGCUGCUUCCCUGUUAAUUGUUCCUCCUUAUAAUGACAGCUCCACAACGUCCUCCUAUAAUCUCUCCUUGUCUGCCUCUAUCACAAGUGUUGCCUCCCCAGAGUCUGAGCUGAACGCCUCUCUCCUCUGUGUGUCAUCGCCUCGGUCUGAACACCUGACAGCGUCUUCAUCACUCAGAGGAACAGAGCGCUCAGUUCAUUGUCUUUUAUAGCAAGUGUAUGUUUAUCAAUAAAAUAUUUUAA